CUUUGCCGCGUCCGGAGCGGAGAAAGUUUUGGAGAAAGUUUUCUGGGCGCGGGAGGGGGGCGAGAGAGACGCCUGGAUCAGCUUCCCUUGUCAUGUCCGGCCCCACCUGGCUGCCCCCAAAGCAAGUGGGGGUCCUGGCCCAGCCGGAUGUCACCGUAUCUGCCCCAGCUGUCUGCAAGGUCCAGAAGAGCUUUGCCUCCGUCCCUGCAGCCCCCAGACCCACCCACCGAACUCCGGAGACCAAUGGGGCGAUGAGCUCAGUGGGGGGCCCUUCCCGGGACAAGCCCCCUCCGCCAGGCCCCACCUUGUACCCUCAGGACUCUCCUGCAGACUCCCCCUACUCCUCCGUAAGCGAGCGAGGCUCCCGGGGAUCCUGGGAUAGCGCUACACCUCCCAGCUACACCCUGCAGGAGGGAGAAUCGCCGGAGCAGCUGAGGGCUUUUCACCCCACCAACCUCGAUGUCCAGAUAGAUUCGCUCACCAGCAUGUUGGCGGACAUGGAGAGCAGCCAGCAACGCCGGGCCGAACGAGCGAACGCGGAAUCCGUGCCGUAUCCACCUCUGCAGCCUGGCGUCCCCAAACCCAGCCCGGCUUCGGCUACCUACAAGCCCACCCUUUCGGGCGGCUUCGUGCCCCCCAAGCCGGAUGCCAAGACCCUGCCCUAUGGAGGCCCGCCAGCCUCUGGACCCCCUUACCAAACCGCCCCGGUGCUGCCCUGCCAGUACGGCUCGUCCGGUUUGGGGGAUGUCUAUGGAUAUCACCGUGCCCACUUAGCACCCAAGCCGUACCCCCAGCCGAUGCCCGCCUCGUACGCCACGGCGUCCUCUUCGGCUGGGCCCCCGUUUAACGUCCAGGUGAAAGUGGCCAAACCGGUGCUGGGUUACAACCAGCCACGGCGCAGGGCCGAGACGGCCUACGGACCCCCGUCCCUCCAACUAGGAUAUGGGGUGAAGCCUCCCCCGCAGUACGCCUGCGAACCGGGGUCCCGUUCCCGCCAACACGAGGCCGAGUCUUGGUAUCCGGAGCCUUCUUAUGGCCAGCGGCUGGGCGAUGGGGAUUUCUACGCCGGCCCUGCAGGGCAGGGCAGGUUGGGAACGCCGGUGGGCCAGUUCCAGUCUGGAUUGGCGAAAGCUGGGAAGGAUGAGUUGACGGCACCCUUGGUUCCUGCCAGCAGUGGGGGGCUGAGGUUUCCCCAUCAGCCUCCCGCCUGCCGCCCGGAAGAAGAACUGGACCGACUGACCAAGAAACUGAUGUACGAUUUGAACAAUCCUCCCACCGCGGAAUAUUUCGGCCGCUGCGCUCAGUGCGGGGAGAACGUGGUGGGCGACGGGACGGGCUGCGUGGCCAUGGAUCAGGUCUUCCACGUCGAGUGCUUCACCUGUGCUACUUGCCGCUGCCGCCUGCGGGGACAGCCGUUCUAUGCCAUCGACCGCCGGUCGUACUGUGAAUCCUGCUACAUUGUGACCCUGGAGAAAUGUUCCAUGUGCUCCAAACCCAUCAUGGACCGGAUCCUGCGGGCCAUGGGCAAAGCUUACCACCCCCAGUGCUUCACCUGUGUGGUUUGCCACCGUUGCCUCGACGGGAUCGCCUUCACCGUGGACGCCACCAGCCAGAUCCACUGCAUCGAAGAUUUCCACCGGAAAUUUGCCCCCCGAUGUUCCGUGUGUGGGGAGGCCAUCAUGCCCGAACCGGGUCAGGAGGAGACGGUGAGGAUCGUGGCCCUGGACCGCAGCUUUCACAUCGGCUGCUACAAGUGCGAGGAGUGUGGUCUCCUCCUGUCUUCCGAAGGGGAGGGCCGCGGCUGCUACCCCCUCGACGGCCAUAUUCUCUGCAAGAACUGCAGCGCGAGGCGGAUCCAAGACCUCUCCUCCGAUAUCACGACCGACUGCUGAUGGGGGGGGUGGAGGUCCCCAACCGGGGUGGGGGGGGGCUUCAUGGGGCUGCUUGACUUUGCACACCCCCUUUUUUUCUGGGUGCAAAG